CCCACUAUGGCGGCGGCAGGGCGACCGCUCCCGCCUCCUUCGACGGCAGAACUGGCAGGGCGAAACUAACGCUUGGGGAGGGGGAAGCGGGGCACCCGGCGCCGCCGCCCCCUCUCCCGCGCGCACGGCGAUGGGGCGAGCUCCCGGGUGGGCCGCUCCGCCCGCCCGCCCGCGGGGGGCGGGGGAAUGGGCGGGGAGCAGCGACUUCCUCUUCCCCUGAGCUCGCCGGUGGCGGCAGAACCGAGCGGAGCCCGGGGGAGCCCCCCCGCGCCGGCCGCUGCCCUGGAGAGAACGGAAGGAAGAGAGACGGGGCGGGGGGCCAUCAGCAAGUUUCCCCUGCACGUCCUGGUCUGGAAUAAUGACUACAGACGGCUGGAUGAGGAGCUACGAGAUAAGGAUGUUGAUCAACGUGAUCCACGAGGCCGGACCUUGUUGCACCUUGCUGUUUCCUUGGGUUAUAUAGAAUCUGCCAAAGUCCUUCUUCAGCACAAGGCAGAUGUAACCAAAGAAAAUGCACAGGGAUGGACAGUUUUACAUGAGGCUGUCAGUACAGGAGAUCCAGAGAUGGUGCAUAUGAUUUUGCAGCAUCGUGAUUAUCAGCAAACAUCUAUGACACUUGGAGGAGUUCCUGAAUUACUCCAAAAGAUUAACGAAACUCCUGACUUUUAUGUGGAAAUGAAAUGGGAAUUUACUAGCUGGGUGCCACUUGUUUCUCGAGUGUGUCCAAGUGAUGUCUGCCGCAUUUGGAAAAGUGGUGCCAAGCUACGAGUGGAUAUCACAUUAUUGGGUUUUGACAAUAUGAGCUGGGAGAGAGGAAGACGUAGUUUAAUUUUCAAGGGAGAAGAUACUGGAGGCUGGGCAGAGCUAAUUGAGAUCAAUCAUGAUGAUAAGUUUGUAACAACAGAGCGUUUUGAGAUUUCCCAACACAUGAAGCAUUUGACGUUGGGAUCUAUGACACCGAAAAGAAAAGAUGUGGAAAGACGCCUUACGUCUCCUAUUAUUAAUACAUGCCUUGAUACAAAAAAUAUUGCUUUUGAAAGAACUACAUCUGGAUUCUGGGUAUGGAGGACAGAGAAAGCAGAAGGUGUAAAUGGUUAUGAAGCAAAGGUCUACACUGCAAACAAUGUGAAUGUAGUCACAAAAAUCAGAACGGAACAUUUAACAGAAGAGGAGAAGAAAAGAUAUAAAGCUGACAGGAACCCCCUGGAAUCCUUUCUAGGUACAGUGGAGCAUGAGUACGGUGCUCAGGAUCUAACAACAGAGUAUGCCACAAUUAACAAUCCUACUGCUAUUACUCUGGAGGAGUAUUUUGACCCAGAGUUUGAACUGAAAGGUAGAGACAUAGGAAGACCGAAAGAAGUCACCAUUAGAACACAGAAAUUUAAAGCAACCUUGUGGAUGAGUGAAGAGUUUCCUUUGUCUCUCAUGGAACAAGUCACUCCAAUCAUUGAUCUGAUGGCUAGAACUAGUGCUCAUUUUGCUAGACUUAAGGAUUUCAUCACUUUAGAAUUUCCACCAGGAUUUCCUGUCAAAAUUGAAAUUCCUUUAUUUCAUGUGCUGAGUGCCCGAAUUACAUUUGAAAAUGUUAAUGGCUGCAGGACAGCUGACAAACCAUCAUCACAAGUCGUUGGAGGUGCACAGUGUGAGUCAUCAGGUGCUACUUUUGAGGUUGACCAGUCAGUGUUUGAGAUCCCUAAAUCUUACCAUGUCCAAGAUGAUGGUAGGAACAUACAUGUGCAGGAUGAAGAUAAUGAGAUUAUGCAAUUUGCUAUUCAACAGAGUUUGUUGGAAUCUAGUGGAAAUAAAGAAAUGGGUGCACAUUCCAACGGAGCAGUUGCAUAUUCACAGGACUUCAAUUUACAGUAUCAGAGGGCACUGCAGGAGAGCUUUCUAACAAGCUCAGGUAAUUCACACUGCAACACUCCUAGUGAGCCUUCCAGUUUUGAAAAAGACUUGCAGCUUGCUAUGGAGUUGUCUGUCCGAGAGCAGGAGGAACGGGAGAAGCAGCGUCGUGAAGAGGAAGACACAGAGCUUCAGCAAGUUCUACAGCUUUCGCUUGUGGAAAAAUAACUCCUUACUAAUCUCCUGAAAUAAGGAUGACCAAAGUUGUGUGAAACAGAAAGCUUUUAUAGCUAUCAGCCUGAGGACUACUCCUGGAUUACUAAAGUAAACAUUUCACCUCCCUUCUUAAUUGUCCUCGUUAGCAUAAAACAUAGUUCAGAACCUCUGCUGUGGUUUUCCACCUUGAUUUGUGGGCUGGAGCACAAAAAAGACACUUUUGCAGAUUGUGCAGUGCUUAACUGUGAGAGAGUUUCAGAACACGAGGAUCUGCAUUUGGCUCCCCAGCCAUGCAGUCUUAGCUUUGAAAGAAAAGUUUUAUGUAAACGCAUUUAUUAAAGAGCAGAUGGAAAUUUUGCUUAGCAUCGGGGCAUAGGAUUGCCAUCAAGUUUGAGAACAUGAUCUAUGGGGAGUUUAGGGGGAAAACUUCUUCAUUACUUACCAAAGAAAUAGUCAUCUGCUUAGUCGCUUCUCAGUAACUCAAAGCUAUUGACUGUGCUUCCUCCAGCUGUUACUUGGAGGAAUAUCUAUCUAUCUAUAUACAUACACACACAUACAUGCAUACAGUAGUUUUUCAUGCUGACAGUAUAUCAUGCUGACAGACAUUUUCUUAGGUUUGUUUAUACACAACUAAGGAUAUUUCCUCUCCAGUUACCGAGAUUUUUAUCACAUGCUCAUGCUUAAGAGGGAUAAUUUUAUACUUGAACAGCUAAUCCAAGUUUAAGAUUAAACUAGUGCUUUCUGAAAAAGGACAAAACAAGCCAGUAACAUUUUAGAGCCUAAAAGGGGACCAUCUGUCUGUUAAAGUAGCAGUUUCUGUAGUGAUUCAAAACCAGCUAGUUCACAUAGUCAGAAGGCAGCAAGAAAAUAACUGGUAGAUACAGGUGCUUCUUGAGAUGAUUCUGUGUGUGUGUGUAUGUGCAUGCAUGCGUGCCUGUGUGUGGGUGCUAAACAAAAAAAUCAGGUGGAAUUUUAAUGUACACUUACACAUUGGAGAAUAAGUUUUAAUAAUUCUGUCACCUAAAAGGGAAAUGCUUAUAUUAAUUUUUAAAAUUAAAAUGUUCAUCCUUCAUGUGAAUACAUAUAUUUUUUUAUCUGAAUCUUUUUAUUGAUUUUAAAACAAGCCAAUACAAGUACACUCAAAAAACCAAAAUGGUAUUGUAACAAUUCAAAAGUAUAUUUUAACCAGCUUUCCUCAGGUCUUUAGUCAUACUAUAUAGUAUUUGUAGCUGUUUUGUCUGCACUUCUGUCAAUGUUUACAGUAUUUAUGCUGUGACUAAAGUGCACUCCACAAGUACACAAUGUACAUCCACAGGAAAGCCUUAUUGUAGUCAAAUAUGAGCAAUAUUUUUUAGUCCUGGUUGGCAGAAGUGUAAAGAACCUAUGGUACCUAUGGUCUAAUAUUUCUAUGUAACCCUGCACUUGUUACUUGGGUAAAACAGGGCAGUUCUAUGUGACCAACUAUUAACCAGUGUAAAAUCACUAUAAAAGACUUGAUCAUCACCAGUGAGAUGGUUGGUAACUUGGAACUCUAUUUUAAACCAGUAAUCUGUUGUUUUACAUAGCAAAUGACUAAAAUUGCUUCUGUAUACACUAGAACAGGUAUAUCUGCAUCAUAUUUCUUUAAAAUUACAUGGCUUGUAUCCCUGAAUAGUUUGUUUGAUAUUUGCAGGAACGUUCAAUAUCACUUCCUUGCAUGUUAGCAGUGGUCUAUGUUGGAACUGUUGAGUCGUUCUUUGAAAAGAGAAUUACUUUCACAGCUGCAUAAAAGGGAAUUAGCCUUGCAUUGAGCUCUUGACAAGUUGUGAGGUAUAAGAAUUUCUUUUCCUUCAGCGGAAAUAAAGAGUGCUGUUGCCUUUAUAAAAGCAUCUGUCUGACAUUGCUUAUUUCUACUAAGCAUUUCAUGGUUUCAGGGGAAAUAAGAUUCUUAAGCUGAAUUAUUUUGUUUUGUACAUCGUAAACUAAAGAAUACUGUGUGGUUUUAAUUUUAAGGUCCCCGCUACUAAGCCUGCAACUAUAAAAAGACUUAUUUUUCACUGUAACAUUAUUUAUUUAUUUAUUAAGUAAAAGGCCUGCUUCUGUGAAACAUGCUACUUUUCUUAAAUCAUAGCUUACCUUUUACCUAUGUAGUUAAGAUGUAUCUUCUGAUCACCUGUACACAAGCUUGUGCUAUUUUCUUCAAGAGUAUACAAUGCUUUAUUACCCACACACUAAUACGUUUCUAGCAUAGUAACUGGAUUUUUUUUUUUAAUAACUCCUUAUCUGGCUUUUUGUUAAACUUCUGUCCUUUUAAGGACACAAUUCACAGAAAUUCCAAUACUUUCAGCCAACCUUUUAGGUCUCCCCUCUGAAAAGAGGGUUGGUAAUAUACAAAUAUGUUUUAAGUAAACAUAUAUAUGUUUAUGAAAAGCAUUUUAAUGUUAGAAUUUCAAUGCUAGAAUUUCAAUGCAUUACACACAAAGUACUGAUGAAAAAGAGAUAGGAAAAGAACAGUAAAAGGUUACAUAGUGUUUUUGAUAUUAACACAGAUUGUUGUACCAAAAAAAACCCUCGUGUGUGUUAACUGCUUUUGCAGUGAAGCAGAAAAGCAGGAAUUCAAAGCUGGGAGUAUUUAUAGGUUGAGCUACUCGUAACUAGCUCUGGAGUGCCUUCAGUGAAUGUUCUUUGGAGAUUCACGCUGGUGUCAGUGCUGUUUGUUUCUAUCCCUCCCUUGAUGUGAGAAUAAACAUUUAUACUGUUUUGUGCUUUUGAA